GCGAUAUCGAUCAAUGAUUGUCUCUGAAGAAUAAAUUUUUCACCAAAACUGUUACACUCUCUCCGAAAUUUCCAAAUUUGGAGUUUCAUCCAUUUUUGAGAAAAGAAAGAGAAAAAGCAAAAUACACAGAGCUUUUGUCUGUUUUUCAGGAAAUUCGUGGUCAAAUUGUUGUGUAUUUUGUGUUAAAAGUUAGCUUGCAACAGCUACGACGUAUUUACAUCCUAGGUUCUGGGAGGCCAAAAUGUGAUCACUUUGAUGGGAAAUAACAAAAUGGCGGAUACAGGAAAACCGAGGCUUGUGAGAGCUUCGUACAACUUCAAAGGCACGAAUAAUGAUGAGUUGAACUUUAACAAAGGUGACAUCAUCACUGUCACCCAGGUUGUCGAGGGAGGUUGGUGGGAGGGCACGCUCAAUGAGAAAACGGGAUGGUUCCCUAGCAACUAUGUCAAGGAGUAUAAGCCAGACCCAAAGAGUGCAACCAAAAGUCCUCUGAUGGGCCAACACAAACCAGCUGAUCAACUGAUCAACAAGAGAGACAGUAUGAUUCAUUAUCACCAAGUGGUGCUACAAAAUGUGAUAGAAACGGAGCAGGCAUACGCCACGGAGCUCCAGACCCUUCUCCAGUCCUACCUGAUUCCGCUGCAAACCACGAAUAAGCUGACGCCACCUGACUAUACUCAACUCUGUGGCAACCUGGAAGAUGUUCUCGCGUGCCAUCAGGUCAUACUCAGUUCGUUAGAUGAAAUAAUAAAACUUCCACAGCCGCAGCAACGUAUUGGUGGCAUGUUCCUAAGGAUGGCGCCACAAGUUAAAAAUCUUUACGAGAAAUAUACUGCCAACCACCCGUGGGCUGUCAGUAUACUACAAAAAUACAAGGAGGAACUCAACAAGUACAUGGAGAUGAAGGGUUCGAACCAAGGCUUGAUGCACCUAACGACUUGCCUGUCGCGGCCGUUUAUCCGGUUAGACAAUUAUGGCAGCCUGCUAAAGGAGUUGGAGAGACACAUCGAGGAUUGCCAUGCGGACAGAGGGGACACGCAGCGUGCUUUGGCCAUUUAUAAAGAUAUAGGACUGCAGUGUACAGAGCUGAGGAAACAGAAGGAAAUAGAAUUCGAGGUGCUAACGGGAACGAUACGGGGAUGGGAAGGAGAGGAAAUCUCAAAGCUUGGCGAUUUGGUGAUACUCGGGCAAGUGCAGAUGUCGCAAGAAAAUACUGAGAAAAAGGAUAGUGUGUUCGCGUUGUUUCCGAGUGUUUUAGUCAUACUGCAUAUCAGUCCACGUAUGAGUGGCUAUAUUUAUCAGGGCAAGUUACCUUUGAGUGGCAUGGUCGUCAAGCAGCUGGAAGAUUGCGACUCGUAUAAGCAUGCCUUUGAAAUUUCAAGUUCAAUGAUCGACCGUAAGCUUGUGAUAUGUCAUUCAACGCACGAACAGAAAUGUUGGAUCGACGCGUUAAAACAUCAGAGUAAACAAGCCUCAUUGCCCGCCACGCCAAAACCACAGACAUUACAGCUUUCUAGCAAUCACAACAGCCAGUCCAGUAUCACAGUCGUACCUCAAGCCAAAACUGCCCGAGUCCUUCCAGAUCCAGUCAUCAAGCCGAAAACAUGGACGAUGUCGUGUUUACGGCCGAGCACGCCCAUAAGACCGUCGGCGGCUUUAUCGAAGGAAAAUCCUAAUAAUAGUCCCAAGAUUGGACGGAAGCACUCAAUGUCGCGGAGAAAGGGAGCGGAACGAACACGAUCGGAGGACGGUUAUUCGAUGAAGAAAAGGAAACACUUGCAAUCAGGGAAAGUCGACGAUGUGAAAACGUUAGAGGAUGACGCUGCCAUCUUACGAGUGAUCGAGUCAUAUUGCACAAGCGCGAGGACACGGCAUACAGUCAAUUCAUCACUGUUAGAUUGUCCACAAGUACUGAUUGCGGAAGAAGAGAAGAUCAUCAUUGAAGAUAUGGACAUCAUCGAAGAAAAAACUCUAGUUGAUACUGUCUACACCCUAAAAGAUCAAAUCAAGGAGCUCACACAGGAGCAGAAGCGACUCCGUAGAGAUCUCGAGUGUGAAACCAGGGCGAGAAAACACCUAGAAAUAUCACUGCGGAAGUCGGUUCGCCAUCUAGUCGAACAAACGUGCGAUGAUAUUUCAUAGUACCUAUCGUGAUAGAGCCAAACCUAUGUACCAGGCAGAAGUACUUGUUCUAUAACCAGUAGGCAGGGUUCCCCAUUUUGCAAUUUGGUACCAAAUCAGGUAGUUGACAACCCACUGGAUUCUCCCUGAUUUGACUGUGACAUGGAGACACCACGGUGUUGCCAGAUUGGGGAAUUUCAUGGAAAUAGCUCACUCUAGCACUGUUUACAUGUGGUCAAAGUACAGCCAAAUGUGCGAUGUGAUCUUGCCUAUAGUCAAGUGGUGUAAAACCAAUUAACAUAUUAUUGAAAGCGUUCUUGAUAGUGCCAAGGUUUGCUAGUCUGCACUAGUCUGGACUGGAAUAAAAUAAAGUUCCAUAGGUAAUGGUUUACAAAAUCUAAGUCAUUCAAUUAGGACAUUCACUAUCUUUCUUAUUUGAUGAGUGUUGAUAAGCUGUAGCUGUGCAUUGAGAAAUUGUUAAAGGCCUCUGCUCAUGAUAUAAAAAUCAAAUUCUUAUUGUAUAGUAAUUGUUGUUUGCAUUUUGUCGUCUUGUGAAAGAUGCUGUUAUAAGGUACAUUAAGGAGUGCAGAAUGUAAUAAAGAUAUCAGCCACUCAGCCGAAGACUUGGGUCUAUCCAAAUAUGACCAGUAUGUCGCCCACGCCAAGUUGUAAAAAAGCAGGUCAAACGUUGUUCAGAGAGACAUGUUAUGUAGUUUUUGCAGUUUUUGCAGCUUUUGAACUUUUUGUGGGGUUUUGGAAUUGCACUAUCACAGUGAACCGUAGAGGGUUGUCCAAUCAUUACAGCUCAAUAUUCUGUGUUUCUUGUGACACUAGCCUACUAAAUAUGCAGGAAUAUACAAACAGUAAAGAAAUUGGAACAUUUCUUAUAUUGGGGGAAUAAUAUGUAAGGUAAGGUCGUACAAUUACGGCCCCUAAUGUGUAGAAAACAGCUGGCAUUACACAUAAUGCACACAGAGGCUACAUUUGUACCGGGGCUUUAAUUGUAUCACUUUACCUUACAUGUAGGCCUGGUGUGUUGAAACAGUUUUUUAUGAAAUGAAAUUAUACAUCAUUUCAGUCAUUGUUGUGCAUGUGGAAGUUUUUUUUUUGCUGUUGAUACUAAAUGUGCCUUUUUCAAAUAGAUUUAACUAUGCUAUUAAGGACUGUAGCGAGAGUAUAUGGUGUCAACCAUAGCGUACAUAUACUUCAAGGCCUUUUGCAUUGUGCGGCCUGCAACAUGUGACGUCAUCCCUGGUCUAGGUGUCGGAGGAAGGCUCCUGUUGAGAGUGAAAGCUUUGGGUAGGUUUCUCCAACUAAAAAUCCAUUUUUGUCUGCUGAAUGAACAAGGGCAUUUGUAGUAGAAUUGAACUUCAGGCUUGGCAAGCUCUCCUUUUGAAGACAGCGGUCGGGUUGCAUAGAGGGCAUCAGAUUUUCAGGAUGAAAUGGAAUACACAGACAUUUCAGAACAGUGUACUUUUCAGUGUCUCUGUACGCUAUUUGGCCCACAAAAUAGGUAUGGGGUCAAUUUACCAUAUGUGUUUGAUAGCUGGUAGUAUUCUCAGACUCCUCAUUUGAAUAUGCCAAUGGCUAUUGGAUCCCUUUGUCCUGUUGUUACAGUAAUUGUAAUGUAAUCACCAGUAUAUGAUGGUCUAGUAUUUAUCUCCAUAUUUCUAGUUAUGUCUUAAUGUAAAUAAAUAAUCAUGUUAUAAAGAUUGCCUUAGUUCUUUCCACUGCUUUGAAGUGGAUUUUCUGGCUUCUGUGGCCCAUUUGUUACCAGUAUAUUUUCACAUGUAGCUGCUUCUGUGCUCAAAAUCAAAAUCAUUGAAGCUGCUGAAUCCUCCGGGAAGUAAAACCUGGCAGGGAGUUAAUUGCCCAGCCUCUGUCUCUAAAUGAACAGUUCACCCUAAACCGAGGAUGGGCAUUCUACUUUAUCACAAGGACAACCAUUGACAUUCUGGUGUAACAGGAAUCACUGUCCUAGUUUAUUGCAUUGCUAAGAGAAAUCAGUGACCUAGAUUCCACCUGCAAUCAUUUUGCUGCUUCCAGAGAGGUAGUGUCUCGAGGGGCCAAAUUUUCCCCUCAACACUUGCUUUACACAGUCUUGUCUGCCUUAUGAGCUCCCCCUGCCCUUCAAAUACAAAAGCUCUUGAGGAACAGACACGUUCAAAGAUAUCAUGCCAGGGGUUGAAGUAUAUUUAGCGCCUCCAUUUGGAAGUUAUUUUUCCUUUUUUUCGAUGGCUCAUUUAGUCGAAGGCUAAAUCUUGACCAGCAGUGAGUUAUCCGGGAGUUUCGCAAAUCGCCCGAAACUCCUCGAUCCGCGAAACUCUAACGCGAACGCCUGUCUC